GCAAGUAGCCAUUGAAACUUAUUUACUCUGCUUAUAUUAUUACGGAUAUAAUAAAAUGGUCCCAAACUAGACCAUAACUAAGGGUAGUUCCGAAAAGGAACACUGGAGAGCAUCAUAAGAUACACAUAUUAUCAUAAAUAUGACAGUGAAGCCAGAAGCCUUUCAGAAAUAAAGGCCUUGAGUUCCUACACAAGAAAUGUUAGUAACAGUAUGGACCAGCCAAACCCACGGUGUGACAAGAUCAUUUGCAUCGGACAGCAUAAAGUUGAUUGGAAAAAUGAACCUGGAUACUUUGUUCCUUCAAAAUUGUAUCUAUCUUGAAGUCUACAUGGUAUCGCUACCCAGAAGACGAACGUCGAAUUUCAGAAUUAUUUGCAUCAGUCUGUUUGUAGUACCCAGAUAAUAGUGAUUGUUUUGGCAAGACAGUUUAAGCAGAAGUAAUAAAUAACUAAAGUUGCCAUUGGAAGAGUUUUGUUAAUGGACUGAUUCUGAAGCUGAUUACAUUUUGUAUCAUGCUAUAAUAAUAAAGAGAUUAAUUCAAAUGUAAUUUCAUGUCAGAUUUCGGUUUUCAUCAUAUCUGUUUGCCGUCAUUGGCAUAAUAUAAUUUAAAUAUUUGAAUGUAAGAUUUAAAUGAUUCAUUCGACAAUUAUAUUUUGCUAUCGAUAAUCCGGGUCAUUCGAUACGAAGGUUAUCGAUGUUCGAUAGUGUUCAUUACAACAUUUUCUCGAAAUUACGUCACUUCUCUUUGUGCAAUGAAUAAGUACAAUAAAGUCAUUGUCUGAGAAGACUGUGGUAGAGAGCUAUGGCAAUACAUAUAACUUUAUAAAAUAUAAUGUUCCUUCUAGUCAAGUAAUUAUUUAUUUAGUUUCUGAAAUCUUUGAACACACAGUGCUACCACUACAAUCAUGUCGCACUUGUGAGUAAAGAUUGGUGCCCUACCUUUAAAAUAUAUAUUUCACUCCAUAAUUAUUAAGACCUAGACGUUAUUAGUAGUUAACAAGAACCAUGUUAAUUCAAAUUAUACAUUAAUUGGGAUCGCAAAUAGGAAUAUUAUUUGAUGCUAUAUGGACUGAUCUCAUACUAACUAUUGGCAAUCGUGUAUGACGAUGUGAUGCGAUAUCGCAGUGGUUUGCGUCGAUCGGCAGUGGUAUGUUGAUAUUAUCUGUGGGUUUUGGGUAGUCGUGGUGGUGGUGGUGGUGCUGUUUAGUGUUGGAAAAGUUUAGCUGCUGUAGCGGAAAUUGUAAAAAUGGAGAAUCCAGAAGAGGUGUUGCAGUCAUUAGAUGAGUUUUCGAAACUGAAGCCGAAAGAUAUACCUAGAGAAUUGGAAGAUUAUUUGUCGUACGUAGCCAGGACAGGAGAUCCUGUAUAUCAGUGGUCGAUAGUGAAAUGCUUGUUUCGAGAGAAACUUUUGAAUGUUAUUACAGAUUUCUAUGAAACCAGCCCUACGAUAGACUUGCAACCUUGCCCAAAUGUUGACCCCUUCAAUUAUGAUACUAUGAAGAACAGUUUGUUGGAACGUCUCGAUUCAUUUCCUAGUGCUCCAUUCACAGUGCAAAGACUGUGUGAAUUAUUAACUUCCCCAAGGAAAGAGUAUAGAAGGGCUGAUAAGUUUAUGAGAGCUAUUGAGAAAAAUAUUUUAGUUGUUAGUACAAGAGAACCCGGAAAUGGAAGACGAUCUGAUAAUAAUGGCCAGCCAGAACUGUUAAUGAAUGGGGUUAUGGAUGGUCGAGGCAUCGAAUUGGGUGAAGCUAUUGAAACAGUGAGCAGUGAUGGUGUAAAUCUAAUGCAUUCAGACGAAAAUGAAGUUAAUGUUACUGAGAAUGAAAAUGUUGUUCCUGUAGAAUGUGCAGGAAUGGAGGAAAUUGACAUGGAAGAGCAUGGUGAUCACAUUGAAGCUUCAAAUUCAAAUGUCUGGGAAAAGGAACAGUCUGAGGUUUCAGAACAGAGUGAAGGAGAUGGGAGCUUGAACUAUGAUGGUAAUAGUGUGGAAGGUGAGAACAAAUCCAAAGAAAGUUUAGAAUGUUUUGAAGUCAGCAGUACAGAAAAUGGUGAAAGUGGUUGUGAUUCUGCUGAUGUGCCAGUUACCACAGAAAAUGUAGCAGAUUCUGUUUCUGUGGUUGUUUCUGGAGAAUCUCCUCCUGAACUAGAUGCUUGUUCAUCAAGUAGCAAGGAGCAUUUAGAUAAAACUGAGGAAAAUAGUGAUGUGAAAAUAGACAGCCCUAGAUCCGAAUUAAACUUAACAUCUGAAAAUUCAGCAGUGGAAGAUGAGGUUCCAAAACAAACAAAUGAGGAAACUGCAGGAAAUUUUCCUCCUGAAGAGACUGAGACAACAAGUACAUCUUCAGAGCAGGAGUUACAAGGCAUUUCAUCAUCAGCUGAAGAUUUAUCUAAAGGUGGCACUAAUAUUGAAACAGUACCAGCUGGUGGAGACUCCAGUGAUGAGACAAGUACUGGAAAUGUUACGCCAGAGACAGUGAGUUCAGAACCUGCUACUUCGUCAAUAGAAACCACUUGCGCAACUGAUUCUACAGCCACAGAGCUUCCUUUUGAGGAGACGUCUGCAAACAGUGUCAAUACAGACACAGAUGUGAGUGCAGCUGAAGAGACUAGUACAGAAGAUGUAACUGACAGUGCCCUUGUUCCCAGUGAUACUGUAUCUACAGAUGCAAGUGAAAACGACAAAGUGUACGAGGCUGCUAGUUCCAGCCCACCAGCAGAAGGAGUUACUUAUGAAGACGUCUCAGAAAAUGAUGUUGACAGUAAGACAGGUGAGAGUGCCGUGGUGUCUCAGCAGGAUGAGGCAAUGGAGAUUGACGACAGCAAUGCCAGAAGUCAGCUUGUCACUGCUGACACAGACGAGCCAAUGGAUCAGUGUGAGCAACCGACUGAGAACUAAUCUGAUAAUCCACAUGAUAUAAAUGUAGCGCAAGCAGCUGAUAUGCGUCUAGGCCACAGAGCGUUAAAGACAAACCCAGCAGAAACUGCCGUCUUAUCAGCCAGUAUCAUCAGAGAAGCAAUUGGUCCAUUCUGAUUUGGUUUAAUGUUGUAGUUAAACUAAAUGUCAUAAUUAUGCAUUGAACAUUGUGGUAUAGAAUUUUGUACGAUGUUUGGUUUUGAAAGUGCCGUUUGCCAUGUGGUCUAUUUGUUACGUAUUCAUCAGGAUUGUCUGAACCUGGGGCAGAACAUGGCAGGGUUUCACUUUUCGUAUUUAUACACCAUAAAAAUGUGUAUUUUCUUAAGAAAAUCUCAAGAUAGGACAGACGUGACAUACGAAACACUUCAGCUCUGCCAAAAGGUCUGUUUAUUGUCAAUGUACUUGGUGGACUGAAUGUCUUGCUGUUGGAAAUGUUAUUUAAGCAUAAUAAUUUUGUAGCUGUGUGGACAAAAUUUGAGAACAUGCCGUCGCAUAAUUGCCUUAGUGGGGGCUAUGCUGCUAGAAAAAUAUAUAAUUUUUCACUACAACUACCUGGUUGAUUUAACUCACACUCUGUUUCUUUGCCUUUGUAAGAAUGCAGGUUGAAUGGAGUAGUGCUCACACUGCCUCAGUUUCUGUACGUAUGAUCUGAUCUUUUGAUCUUUGUGAAAUUGCUGUUUUAAAAUAUCAAAGUAAUUAAGAAGUUUGCUUAGCCAAGAUGUCUUUCUUUAUUGUUAUUAUUCAGUAACCACAUUGUGCCAUCUCACAUCUAGAGGUCUCAUGCAGUGAAUCUGCCUGUUUGGAGCCAACUGUAUGAUUGACAUCACUUCUAGAGGCAUAAUUACAUUAGUUAGAUUCAUUUUUCAGAGUUUAAAUUUCACUAUUUUCUUUUUACUUUAUCUGAGUUUUGGAAACUACUUCAUGACUCAUUCUUGUUCUGCAUAGGACAGCUGUAGAUCUAUUACAGUUUUAAACCAGUGAGACUGUAAUCUUACCUUUUGGUUAUGUUUACAUUUAUUCAUCCUGUUGAAAUUUGGAUUGUAUUUUCUUUGUUAUUAGGAACUGUAAUAUGGAGCUUCCAAUCUGUGUAGGGUGUUAGUAGGCAUGUGAUGCUUUUUUAUCUUAUGACUGGCCAGUGUGAAGAUGUUGAGUCUCGACACUGAAUUUAGACUGCUUUAGAAGCUAGGCAUUUAUGCCCCCCUCCCAAUGUUUAUAAAAUAAUUAUUUUAUUCAAAUGAUUGACCAAGUCACUUGACAAACUGUAACGUAAUGUUGAUCAGGAAGGGGAGAUUUCUUAGUUUAUUGCAGGAAAGCGAAUUAUAAAGUAGUCUUGAAAUCUACAAGUUAUAUAGUAGCAUGAUAAAUGUGCAACGUAUGAAACUAAGUAUCUGCAUUUAAUUGUGUAUUUUAAUUGUCUGAAUACAAACAUGUUUAUUGUCGCAAAGUAUUGGUAUGAAGGACAGGUGGCGUUUGUUAAUGCUGCCUUGGUGGUGCGUGUUUGUUUGUAUUUUUUGGGGUGUAAGUUCUUUACAGUGAAGGUUAAUGCAGCCUCACUGUGAAUUUAUGUUUUGAUUUAGGUCAUGUUACUGAUUUUGAUGUCAGAAGGAAAAAACACUGCCACAUAAUCAUCAUCAUCAUACUGUUUCUUAAUUUGUCUGUGUUUCUCUUUAAACUAAUUGAGGUAUUUGCUGCCCGUCGGUUCAUAUUGGAUUUCUGUCAAAGGACAACAAAGACUGAUUCAUUUUAAAAUUACAGGCACUGUAUUUCACAGGUUAAUAAAUUCUGUUCAGAGAAA